AUGCCAGGCGCGACUGUGAAGGCGAAGAAGCCGGCGAACAAGAACGCUUAUCGCCGGGCAAAGAAGAGGGCACAGCGCGCUGAGACACCAUCCGAGGCCGACGACUCUGCGCGUGAGAGUGAAUCUCCUGCACCAGACGACAUCACCAAUAACGAUGCACAGGCGGUGAAGCCGACGGAUCUGCUCGACAUUGACGACCUCGCGAACCAAUAUGACCUAGACAACCCUCUCUUCGAGCAGUACAAGAGCAUUUUCGAGAAGUUUAGGGAGCCGACGGAAGAAGAGGCGGCAACCAAAGACGAGGAAAAGCCCGAGAUCUACUACGACGAUGACGACAUUCCAAGCGAGGAAGAGGACGGCAAGCCGAAGAUCUCGAAGAAGCAGAGGAAGGCUAUGAAUAAGCUGUCGGUCGCUCAGCUCAAGUCGCUGGUUCAGAAGCCUGAGCUGGUCGAGUGGACAGAUGUGUCAUCAUCUAAUCCAGAGCUGCUGAUUGCUAUCAAGGGAGCAAAGAACGUCAUCCCCGUACCAACCCACUGGUCGCUGAAGCGCGAGUACCUGUCGUCGAAACGUGGUAUCGAGAAGCCGCCCUUUGCGCUGCCCAAAUUCAUCCAGGAGACGGGUAUUGCAGAGAUGAGAGAUGCUGUGCUCGAGAAGCAGGCAGAGAUGACAAUGAGGCAGAAGCAGCGCGAGCGCGUCCAGGGAAAGCUCGGCAAACUCGACAUUGACUACUCGAAGCUCUACGACGCCUUCUUCCGGCGACAAACAAAGCCAGAGCUGACACGUUAUGGCGAGGUUUACUACGAGGGCAAGGAAUUUGAGACAAAUCUAGUGAACCUCAAGCCAGGUGAAUUGAGCGAGGAACUGAGGGAAGCUCUUGGCAUGGCGGCCGGUCACCCACCUCCGUGGCUUAUCAACAUGCAGCGCUUUGGCCCCCCGUCGUCCUACCCGAGCAUGCGCAUACCUGGUGUGAACGCGCCCAUCCCACCCGGCGCUUCCUGGGGCUUUCAACCGGGUCAGUGGGGAAAGCCUCCAACUGAUGACGGAGGACGACCACUUUUUGGAGGCGAUCUCUACGGCACGAGUGUACUAGAAGAACAACAGAAACCUACACAUGAUGGCGAACCGGUUGAGCGUGGCACUUGGGGAGCGCUACGGGCUGAGGGCGAGAGCGAAGACGAGGAGAGCGACGAGGAGGAAGAGGAGGACAAAGAUGAGGACGAAGAUGAGGAGGAAGACGGUGAAGAAGACGCAAGCGGCAUCCAGACAUCUAUGACGGCGGCAUCGGGCAUGACAUCACAGAUGGGCGGCAUCGAGACUAUCGGCGGAGAGUUCACACUCCGGAAACAACGCAAAGGAAUCGAGACGGAAGAGCCGGGCGCGCCCCGCAGCGCGUUCACCGUCCUCCCCGAGAAGAACAUUUCUGCGACUGGUUUCUUCGGCGGCGAGCAUGCGUACGAUCUUGAUGCUGCCAAGCGUGACGCCAUUGGGAUGGCACAGAAGAAGCGCAAGGCUGGUGAUGUGGACAUUUCUGUCGACGUGGAUCAGUUGGCAGACAGCGACAAGCUGGACAAGGAUGCGCUCAAGAAAGAGUAUGAGUCAAGGCAACGGGCGGAAGCGGCAGGACAGUGGCAGAGUAUUGAUCAAGAUGACUUGGCAGACAUGAUUGCCGCGGAGAGCAGGAAGAGGGUCAAGAGGGACGACGAGCGGAAGACGAAGCGGUGA